CCGCGGGCGGCGAGCGAGCGCCCGCCCGCCCGGGGCCGGGCAUGUGCGGCGGGGCGACGGGCAGGGCGCCCGGGCAAGGGCGUUUGAAGGAAACGUGAGGCGAGGCGGCGGCGGCGGGAUGGAGGCGGCGCCGCGGCGGAGCCCCGAGCCGCGGGAGAAGCCGCCGCUGCUGGACGGGGAGGCGGCGGGGGCGCCCGCGGGGGCGUCGGGCGCGGCCCCGGCCUCGCCGGCGGCGACGGAGCAGAUCGUGGCGGAGGGCGAGGCGGCGGCGGCGGGCACGUUCGUGCAGCGGCAGCUCGGGGCGAUGCUGCAGCCCGCCGUGAACAAGUUCUCGCUGCGCAUGUUCGGCAGCCACCGGGCCGUGGAGAUCGAGCGGCAACGGGUGAAGUCGGCGGGCGCCUGGAUUAUCCAUCCCUACAGCGACUUCAGGUUUUACUGGGACCUCAUCAUGCUGCUCCUGAUGGUGGGGAAUUUGAUCAUCCUGCCCGUGGGCAUCACCUUCUUCAAGGAUGAGAACACCCCUCCCUGGAUCGUUUUCAACGUGCUUUCGGACACUUUCUUCUUGGCUGACCUGGUGCUGAACUUCCGGACAGGCAUCGUGGUGGAGGACAACACGGAGAUCAUCCUUGACCCUCACACCAUCAAAAUGAAGUACUUGAAGAGCUGGUUCCUGGUCGACUUCAUCUCCUCCAUCCCUGUUGACUACAUUUUCCUCAUUGUUGACCUGGAGACCCAGGUGGAUUCUGAUGUCUACAAGACAGCCCGGGCCUUGCGCAUCGUGCGCUUCACCAAGAUCCUCAGCCUGCUGCGCCUGCUGCGCCUCUCGCGCCUCAUCCGCUACAUCCACCAGUGGGAGGAGAUCUUCCACAUGACGUAUGACCUGGCCAGCGCCGUGGUGAGGAUCUUCAACCUCAUCGGGAUGAUGCUGCUGCUGUGCCACUGGGAUGGCUGCCUCCAGUUCCUGGUGCCCAUGCUGCAGGACUUCCCUGAGGACUGCUGGGUCUCCAAGAACCACAUGGUGAACGACUCGUGGGGCAAGCAGUACUCGCACGCCCUGUUCAAGGCCAUGAGCCACAUGCUCUGCAUCGGCUACGGGCAGCAGGCGCCCGAGGGCAUGACCGACGUGUGGCUCACCAUGCUCAGCAUGAUCGUGGGGGCCACCUGCUACGCCAUGUUCAUCGGCCACGCCACCGCCCUCAUCCAGUCGCUGGACUCGUCCCGGCGCCAGUACCAGGAGAAGUACAAGCAAGUGGAGCAGUACAUGUCAUUCCACAAGCUGCCGGGGGACACGCGCCAGCGGAUCCACGAGUACUACGAGCACCGCUACCAGGGCAAGAUGUUUGACGAGGAGAACAUCCUGGGGGAGCUCAGCGAGCCGCUCAAAGAGGAAAUCAUCAACUUCAACUGUCGCAACCUGGUGGCCAACAUGCCCCUGUUCGCCAACGCGGACCCCAACUUUGUGACGGCCAUGCUGACCAAGCUGCGCUUCGAGGUCUUCCAGCCUGGGGACUUCAUCAUCCGUGAGGGCACCGUGGGCAAAAAGAUGUACUUCAUCCAGCACGGCGUGGUCAGCAUCCUCACCAAGGGCAACAAGGAGACAAAGCUGUCUGAUGGCUCCUACUUUGGGGAGAUCUGCCUCCUGACGCGGGGCAGGCGCACGGCCAGCGUGAGAGCCGACACCUACUGCCGCCUCUACUCCCUGUCCGUGGAUAACUUCAACGAGGUGCUGGAGGAGUACCCCAUGAUGCGCAGGGCCUUCGAGACGGUGGCCAUGGACCGGCUGGACCGCAUAGGGAAGAAGAACUCCAUCUUGCUCCGCAAGCGAGCCGAGCACAGCUCGGGGCCCCUGAACAACGAGAUGAUCCAGCAGAUCGUGAAGCACGACCAGGACAUGGCCCACAACAUCCAGGACCUGCAGCAGAUGGCGAUGGGCCGGGAGCUGAGCGGCAAGCCGGUGAUCUGGGAGCCGCUGGUGCACGCCCCGCUGCAGACGGCCGCCGCCACCACCAACGUGGCCAUCGCGCUGACCCACCAGCACAGCCUGCAGGCUCACAUCUUCCUGCCGCCCUCCUCCAUCUCCAGCCCGCUCUCUCCCGAAGCCACGCUGCUCACCAAGCCGGUGCGCCGCUCCCAGCCCAGCCUGGGGGGCUCCCGGCCCUCCUCCGUGAGCUCCCCGUCCGGGGCGCAGUCCCACCUGCAGACGCCGGCCGCCGGUUCGCCUUCCUCGCCCAUGGUCCAGCCCCAGGCGCCGCUGGAGGGCGGGGGGCAGAGAGCCGGCCCCGGGGCGCAGCCCCUGCCCCGCACGGCGCAGAGGGGGGAGAUGCCGGCGGGGGCCAAGCAGCCCCCGGCCGGCCCCCAGCCCCAGCUCUCCCGGUCCCGCGGCGCCUCGGUCUCCACCUCGCUGCUGCAGCAAGCGGCGGGCGCCGCGUCCCCCAGCUCCGAGCAGGCGCUGCCGCCGGGGAGAACGCUCCACUACAGCCUGUCCCGAGCCACCGGCUCCCACAUCUCCCUCCUGAUGCAGCCCCAGCAGCUGGUGAAGCACAGGAGCAUCCAGGGCCUGCCGGUGGGGCGGCUCACCCAGGAUGUCCGGCUCCUCUCUGCCUCCCAGCCCUCCCUUCCCAAUAAAGUGGCCCAGCAAGCCGACGGGAGCUCCUUGAAGAAGGGCAGGAAAUCUGCAGGGAACCUGGCCCGCAGGUCCUCGCCCUCGGUAGCCGGACUCCUGGCCAAGCCGUGUGCGGGGAUGCCAGGCCAGCCCGCGCACUCGCAGCAGAUGCCUUCAGGAUCGCUGGCUCAGCCCGGCCGCUCCGCCGCGGGAGCGUCCACUCCCCAGUCCCCGGGCUCCGCGUCCAGGCAGGCAGCAGGUCCCUCCCGCAAGGGCUCCGUGGCCUUCAGCCCCGAGGUGGAAACGGCGAAGCCCAAACUCCCAUCCAACAUGUGAGUCCUGGCGGCGCCCACACAGGCAGGAGGGAGCCGGGCAUCCCGGCGGCAGAGGAGGCAGGAGAAGCAGAGCGCCAGCCCCGCCGUGUCGGAGGGAAAAUGAGGUGAGAGGCACCGGGCGGGGCCAUGGAGGGGCUGUUUCAGGCACGGGGACACGGCAGGGAUGAGCACGGGGCCAGCCCCAGAGCUGGCCCAGCUGGGUGAGGAGGGGGCUCUGCUGACUGCCCCAAGGGCAGGGGGUCACCCUGCCCUUGCUCAUCACCAUCUGUGAGUUCUGCCCUCCUGCCGGAGGCAUAGGACAGGUCAGAGCCCUUGCCCAAGCUCUGGCCUCUCUGGGGAGCUCAGCUCCCCAUAACUGUCCCUUGGGGGCUGGGCCCCCCACGCUCUGUGCCGCGUGUCCCACAGCCUGUCCUCGGGGCAGGCUGACGCUGGCAGCUCCUCCAGCUUGUCCUCUGUCACAGCAGGGGCUGCCCGAUGCCCACCUCGAUCCCCAGAUUGCUCUGCCCAGCCCCUUUGCCUUUAGGGUGAGCAGGCAGAGGGCACCCCCUGGGCCCUCUGCCCGGGUGGAGGGAGAAGGCUGGAGCCCAUGGCAGGGGCCCCCCGGGCAGGCAGAGCAUGAGGGUCCAGGGUCAGCACUCCCCCUUCCCAGAGUGCCAGGACCACCUGGGGGUCCUGGGCAGGGCUCCCCUGGUGUGACGAGUGCCAAGGGGCAACGCUGGGGGCAGAGGAGCAGCCCCCCAGUCCCUCUCCCCAGCUUGUGGGACCGUUUUGCCUCAGAGGUGCUGAGUGCCAGAGGUUGGGAUGUGCUGCUGGGCAGGGCUCUGCCCCACACCCGGGCACUGUGGCUGCCCCUCCACAGGGGCAGCCUGGGGGGAUUCUGCAGCUCCAGGAGGAUGCUCAGAAGGUCACCUGCAGGGACCCCACUGCCUGUGGCUCCAGGAGGAUGCUCAGCCCGGGCUCUGCUCCCCUGCCCUGUGCUGCAGUCCCAUUUCCAGGUCGCCUGGAGACGCCAGUCACCGGUGCCACGGGAGCAAAAGGCUGUCACAAAGAGAUGCCAAUCCCGGGCAGCGCCUGGGUGACGUGUGGGGCUGUGGUGUCACCCCCCGUCCAACAGGAGCCCGGGGUCCCCACAGAUGCCCCACCCUCCCCCUCUAGAGACAGUAGUGUGCAAUGUGUGUGCGAGUCGUGGCUCUGCCAAGCAGCCGAGCUCUGCUUCCAGUGUCGCUUUGGGCCAACCCUGUUCAGUCCUGGUUAGAGUAGUGUCCCCUCCGUCCCCACCGCGCUGUGCCAGCUGCUUCCCACUCCCGGAGUCAGGAACCAUGGCUUGUCUUCGUGCUCUGGGGCCGAGCGGGGCCCGCCGGACCCCCAGCGCAGCGGGCGCGGUCUCGUUCCCCGCGGUACUUACCGAAGUGAGGCGUUCCGUCCUCCACCCUCGUGUUUUGGGGCGUCGGGAGCAGCGCGGAGCGCAGGGCUGCUCUGGGAGCACCAGCCCACCAGGAAUCCCGGCAGUGCCUGCCACAGGGCAUGCCCUGCACUGCCUUUUUUCCAUGCAUUUCGACCGCCCUCCCCUGCUCACCCCCACGUCCCGCUCCAUCCCCAGCAGCCCGUCGGGCGGGGACCUGCAGCGGAGCCGCCUUGUCCCAGGUCCCCGGGCUGCGCUCACACUGCGUGAUGUAGAUGUCUUAGCGGUCAUCCCAGCGCCCCGCAGAGCGUGCGGGCCGGCUCGGACAGCACCGAGCUCCCUCUGCUGCGCCCUCGCCACUGCACAGCCCCGUGUCGGGAGCCAGAGCCACCCGGUGCUCCUGUCGCCGCCGCCGUGGCACCUCGUGGCCCGGUGCUCACCCCGGUGGAGGCUGGAGGGGCUGGGGGAGCAAGUUUAGUCACCAAAGACCAUGACCCUCCACUCUUGCACUCAUGCAGUCGAUGUACAGAGCUUGUAGUUUUCAUAUCGCAGAGAAUUUAAGAGCGUUUUUUUAUUUUUGGUCGUUGUACAUAAUGGAUUUAAAUAAUAAAGAGAGAUUCUGAGCUGGUCUGGGGGAAACUCCUUCUGC